AGAAAAUACGAGCAUUCGAGAGAAGCGUUGUUUGACGACCCUAACAGCGUCUGCGAAGAAGGCUAAGAAAGCUGCAACUUAUUUUUAAAAGGAUGAACGAAUACAGAAAACUUUUGUCCAGGAUUGCACACGAAAUAACCGCCGACGAGCUGGUAACGAUGAAGUUCUUGUGUACAGACUUCAUCCCUUACACAAUAACUCGGAAGGAAAAUAUUCUGAAUGAAGUAUUCCACUUCUUUUGUAAGCUCGAAGCAGAAAGUAGGCUCGGUAUCGAUAACUUAGAUGGGAUGAAGGACAUGUUAACGCACUUAAAGAAAGAGGAUCUAGCAUUAGAAGUAAUAGAUUUUCAAUGCGAGCGAGUAUUAUAUCUAUCUUCUCUGAAUGCCGAGAGAGAAAGCGAAAGAAACCAGACAACUCGAAGCGAACAAGAAGAGAAUCAGGAAGAAGAACAGAGACGACGAAGCGAACCAGAAGUUCGAGAAGAACAACAAGCAGCAGUGGGAAACCAGAGAGGCAGAGGUACCAUACUGAUGCGGUGCGCUCCUUACAUAGCAGGAGUUGCGUGGGUAGUUGGAUCAACGUACAUCCUAAAUCUUCAUAAGAAGGACCCUGAAGCCCUGGUGAAUCUGGUUACUAAAGUGGUUUUACCUACCGGUAACUUAGUCAAGUCAAUUUUUCCUGGUUCCAUCAACCUUUUAAUACAAGCUACGGAUUUAAACAGCCUUAAGGAGUUGUGGAAAAGAUACCAAAGUAGUCGACUAAAGGAAGACCUCCAGAAAGUGAUGGUAACAGAAGAACUAAAGAACCUGGCCAAUGAUGAGCCAAUCGAUCUGGUGGUGACGAUGAGUGAAGAAGAAUACAGGAAUGCUUGUCUUGAUCUGAUGGUUGCACAUACAAAAGCGCAAACCUUGUGGAAAAGGGUGAUUUCAUCUAAACCUUCCCGACUAGCCUCUCGCUCCUUACCGGAUCUGACGUCACUUGAUACCAAUCACGAUUGGUCACGUGGUUUGCUCUUGGAACAACUGUCUGACGAUAUGAAGAGAAUAAGACAAAAUGAAAGAAAGGAUGAGAAAAUCCAAAAAAACCUCUUAACGUCUGUAGAGAGUGUUUCGCUUCUUAUACAACAAAUCAAGUCAAUUGAAUCUGAAAUCAAUGAGUUAGAAGUUUCUAUAGGCAAAUCGCUUCCCGAGAAGCGCAAAGGGAUAUUUCAUCGGUAUCGACUUGAAGAAUUUGAAACAUCACGGGAAAUGUACUAUGAUCGUAUGCUUGGCAAUCUUUCUUUUAGUUGUUUUGUAGUUCUGCUCGAGAAAGUGAACGCAUUUUUGGAGAAUGGGCGAUUUUUAUUACAACCUGAAGAAGCCGUUAAACGUCUGGGCUUGUUUGCAUGGCAAUUAAGACGUCAAGGAUAUAAGAGUUCUUGGUAUACUGAAUUCCAACGUUGGUCUCGCCAAUCCACCUUUUACACACUAGGUCAAUCCAUACGUUCUUUAGUAAUUAAUCUCGCUUUCAAACUGAAAGAUUUGGCAGCACUGUUGGUGAAAAUGUUCAUACUGGAUCCAAAACUAUUAAAAGGUAUGACGGCAAUCGAUCAAUGCGGUAUAUUUUAAUCAUGCUCAAGUCUUGGUGUUUGCAAUUAGGGCAGCUUUUUGCGCUUGAAU